CAAAGAAGAUCAUCUUCAAUGGCUUCCAAGACUCUUCAUAUCUUCUUCUCUCUUCUUCUAAUCCAAAAUCAUGUCUCAGCAGGCCAAGAUGCAGUUCGAUCGGCUUACUGGUUUCCAGGCAGUGGGAUCGAAGCCAAAGCCAUAGACUCCACUUUGUUCACCCACCUCUUCUGCGCUUUCGCCGAUCUUGAUGCCAGCACAAACCAAGUCAUCGAUUCACCCGCAAACUCUGGCCCAUUCUCGCAAUUCACCCAAACAGUCCAGCUCAAUAACCCUAAUGUCAAAACCCUUCUCUCCAUUGGCGGUGGAAAGGCCAACAAUGCCGACUAUGCUUCCAUGGCCAGCCGAGAAAGUUCCAGGAAAAGCUUCAUCGAUUCUUCAAUAUCACUAGCCAGAAAAUAUGGGUUCCACGGCCUGGACCUCGACUGGGAGUACCCAGAAACCGCCGCCCAAACGGCCAAUCUCAAGCUGCUUUUCAACGAGUGGCGUACCGCUGUGGCCGCCGACGCUCAGGCCACUGGAAAACCGGCUUUGCUUCUCACAGCAGCUGUUUUCUAUAAACCAAAGGUUAAUGGAGUGGAUUAUGAUAUUGAUUCCAUAGCAAAUGGAUUGGAUUGGAUCAACUUGAUGGCUUAUGAGUUCUAUGAUCCUACCAGGUCUUCAGUGACAAAAUCUCACGCUGCAUUGUAUGAUCCAGCAGGAGAUGAUCAUAUCAGUUGCGAUGAUGGGGUUGCAGAUUGGAUUAAGGCUGGUUUGAGCCCGAAGAAGCUGGUUCUUGGGUUUCCAUAUUUUGGGUUUGCUUGGAGGCUGCAGGAUGCUAAUAAUCAUGGCCUUGAGGCUCCGGCCAGCGGUGCAGUUGGCGCCGAUAAAGGGGUCAUGAGGUUCGACGAAAUCAAGGCCUUUCUGAACAGUGCCACGGAUGGUGCCAGGACUAUUUCCACCAAGGCUUCUUAUGCUAAGCAAAAGGGUUUGCUUGGUUACUUUGCGUGGCAUGUUGCACAGGAUGAUGACGACUGGACACUUUCCAAAGAAGGUUAGUUCUCAUCAAAAUCCACCUUGUUACAUAUUUCUUAUCUAACUCCUCUAAUUCUAAAUUGGACCGGUUAGGUAUUUUUAGGAAAAUUAAAUCUAUGUGUGCAUAAAAAAAUCAAGCAGGUAUAAUGCCGAGUGACCAUAGCUUGGUAGUUAGGAAUUUUAUAGAGAUUACAACUAAAUUAUUGAAGUUGUAUGUAGUCCAACGACUAUACCGUGACCUAAUCACCUGUAUCAUUUAAGGGAGAAGAUAGUUAAUUAUCUGGUGUUUUAAGGAUUAUGAGAGUUUUCAAUUUUGUGCAUAUAUAAUUAAAAUCUUUUUGGAGGGGUUUUCUAGUUCUUUUCUUUCAAAAGCUGCAUGUUGAUUAAUUGAAUACAUUAAUCUUAUUAUUGUGAGAUUAUGGAG